AUGGCGAGUCCCGCCGUCGGCGGUAACCCGGAGAACGCCUCCAAGUUCUUGGAGGCCUUACAGUCGGACCUCAAGGUACUCGCCUCGGAAACCAAGAAGAAGUAUCCACAAAUCAAGGAGUCAUGCGAGGAAGGAAUUGCAAAGUUGAGGACAGCGUCGAGUAACCCGGGAACACCAAUAUAUUAUGUUAUCAAUCAAAUUCUUUAUCCUUUAGUUCAGGGUUGCGAGAGUAAGGAUAUAAAAAUUAUCAAGUUUUGCUUAGGCAUGAUGCAGAGGCUAAUAACACAACAAGCGGUAGAUCAGAAAGGUGCACGAUACAUCACGGAUACUUUAUGGCUGUUAAUGGAAUCGGGUACAGAGGAAGUUAAAGUUUUGCAGACUGUAACUUUGCUACUUACGAGUAAUGCUGUGGUACAUGGAGAUACCCUUGCUAGAAACUUGGUACUCUGCUUCCGGUUACACUUUACAAAAGACUGUACAACGAUAAAUACAGCUGGUGCUACUGUUAGACAACUAGUUUCCUUGGUGUUUGAGAGAGUGGUUGCCGAGGAUGAGCAAAGUCCUGACCAGCAAGAUUCUGACGAAGUUAAUCUCGAGGAACUGAAAAUUCCAACGAAUCAGGCGCCUAAAGGUCUCGGCCCUUGCGCUGCAGAUGCAUAUUUAAUGUUUCAGGAUCUAGUUCAAUUGGUAAAUGCUGACCAACCAUACUGGCUAAUAGGCAUUACUGAAAUGACUAGAACUUUUGGCUUAGAGCUACUAGAGUCUGUUUUAACAAACUUUUCAUCAGUCUUUUUUAAGCAUCCAGAAUUUAGCUUUCUGCUGAAGGAAAGAGUAUGCGCGCUCGUGAUAAAACUCUUCUCGCCUAACAUCAAGUAUCGUAAUUCAGUGCCAGCAUCUUUGCAACAGGCUACACCAUUAGAUAAACCUUACUUCCCUAUCAGUAUGAGGCUCUUGCGAGUAGUCUCGAUUUUGAUACAGAAAUAUCAUUCCUUAUUGGUGACGGAGUGCGAAAUAUUCUUGUCCCUGAUUGUAAAGUUUUUGGACCCUGACAAGCCUACUUGGCAGAGAGCUUUAGCAUUGGAAGUUUUGCACAAAAUGACAGUGCAGGCAGACCUCCUGACGAACUUUUGUGAAUGUUAUGACUUGAAACCUCACGCUACAAACAUUUUUCAAGAUAUCGUCAAUAGUUUAGGUGCUUAUGUACAUAGCCUCUUCGUGAAUCCACAGAUGAUGAGUCAGACAGCAACGAGCACAACUGUACCUCAAGGCACAGGUUCGCCAUUAUUCACAGCAAUGCCGAUCGGACCUGGCGUAUCACCCCAACCUGGUUUUUAUUCGCGUGGUAUUUGGUUGCCAGUAGUAGCAACGUUUACAAGCGGGCAAGCCAAACCUACUUAUUUGGAGAUGUUGGAUAAAGUCGAACCGCCGCAAAUACCAAUCGGUUACGGAAUCAGUAUAGCUUACGCGUGCCUAUUAGACAUCAUAAGAUCGAUCGCGUUGGCCAUAAAUGGGACGUCGAAAGAAGACAGCAGCGAGGGUCAGAUCUAUCAUCCGAGCGAGAUCGAACGAAAACUCCAUGUGCAAUUGAUCAAUUCGAGCUGGUGCGGGCUAUUGGCAGCUCUCAGUCCACUAAUAGACGCCAGCACGGACGAGUCCGCGACGGAGAACGUUCUGAAAGCGAUUCAGACGUUCGCGUCCCUCUGCGGUCAAUUGGAACUGCAAGCACCGCGCGACGCUUUCAUCACCGCGAUAUGUAAGGCCUCGUUGCCACCUCAUUACGCGUUAACAGUGCUUUACAAUGCACCUCAGGGUAUACCGACCGCGAGACAGCAAGACUCUUCACAAUAUAAUUUGACGUUGGGCGAGCCCGAUUACAGGCAGCAAGUGGUCGCUGUUGGUACGCCGCUACCGACGGCGUCCUUACCAAUCGGUGCCCAUCAAGGUCCUGUUAUGUUGACUGCAAAGAAUCUGCAAUGCAUGCGCGCGUUGUUAUCGUUGGCUCAUUGUCACGGCAGCAUACUUGGUAGCGCGUGGCAUUUGGUACUUACCACCCUUCAGCAUCUCGUUUGGAUACUUGGUCUUAAGCCCUCCACCGGAGGAUCGCUGAAAGCCGGAAGAACCGCGGCGGAUCCGAACGCAGUGUUAACGAAUGCCGUUAUGGCGGACUUGCCCGUGCUCAGUGCUAUGCUUAGUAGACUGUUCGAAAGCAGCCAGCAUCUGGACGAUGUGGCUCUGCAUCACUUAAUAGAUGCUCUGUGCAAACUGAGCCACGAGGCUAUGGAGUUGGCGUAUUCGAAUCGCGAACCUUCACUGUUUGCCGUUGCGAAACUUUUGGAAACGGGUUUGGUUAAUUUGCCGCGUGUAGAAGUGCUCUGGCGGCCGUUGACAAAUCACUUGUUGGAGGUCUGUCAGCACCCACAUAUUCGUAUGAGAGAAUGGGGAGUAGAAGCGAUUACUUAUCUUGUUAAAAUGGCUCUUCAGCACAAGUACCCGCAACCACUCCGCGAUAAUCAGAAGUUGCAAACAUUACUGUUAGGACCACUGUCGGAGUUAUCGUCCGUGCGACACGGAGACGUUAGGCAACGGCAACUGGAGUGUGUUUUACAAGUGCUUCAUGGCGCGGGAGAAACACUGUACCAUGGUUGGCCUUUAGUCCUCGGUAUUAUAGGAGCAGUUUCUGAUCAUCAUGGAGAAGCUUUAGUUCGCAUAGCUUUCCAGUGUCUGCAGUUGGUUGUAACAGACUUUUUACCGGUGAUGCCUUGGCGAUGUCUUCCGCUGUGCGUCGAUACAGCCGCUAAGUUUGGAUCACAGAUGCAAGAAUUGAAUAUCUCACUUACAGCUGUCGGUCUAAUGUGGAACAUAAGCGAUUACUUUUAUCAAAAUCAAGAGAAAUUAUGUGUUUGCCUACGUGGAGAUUCGUCGUCGGUAUUUCCUGAUUUUCCCGGCACAACGAAUAUGCCACCAUUCGACAAACUGUGGAUGUGUUUAUAUGCGAGGCUAGGAGAUUUAUGCGUUGAUUCACGACCUGCUGUGCGCAAAUCAGCAAGUCAAACCCUAUUUUCUACUAUAUCCGCACACGGCAGCUUAUUACAUCAGCCAACAUGGCAAGCAGUGCUUUGGCAAGUCCUCUUUCCACUAUUGGACAAAGUAAGAAGUCUAUCUAACUCGGCUAGUAGUGAGAAAGUCGACACUAGCGGAAACAUACUUAUUCACCACAGCAGGAAUACAGCACAAAAGCAAUGGGCGGAAACACAGGUUUUGACACUGAGCGGUGUAGCUAGAGUAUUUAAUACAAAACGUCAACUGCUGCAAAUGUUAGGAGACUUUCCUAGAGCAUGGUCGCUGCUGCUCGAAUUCAUCGAAAAUUCUGCACUUAGCAAAAAUAACGAGGUAUCGUUGGCAGCGUUGAAAUCGUUCCAAGAGAUCCUUUAUCUUCAAAAGGGAAGCGACAAUACCGAGGUAAUACAGUCGAAUGAUUCGGAAGGUCUAUGGGUCGUGGCGUGGCGUGUGUGGCUCAAUAUCGGGAUGGAGAGCACUACGCCGCCGCAGGAGAGCGACACCGAACCUUACGUGCCAUCGCAGGCGUUUCUCACUGCUCUGGUGCACAUAUUCCCGGCCGUUUUCCAGCAUAUUAGAAACAAGUUCACCGGACCCGAUCUGCAAAAGUUAUGUAUCGUGUUGAAGAAUGCGGUAGCCGUUCCGGUACACGGCGAGUCGACGCCUUAUAUAUUGCCUUCAGUGCCGGAUAUAGUUCUCACUCAUUUACAAGAUGGAGUACUGCACUCUAUGGAGCUUCUGCAAAAGGAAGCAUUAAACGGCCCUGACAAUUUACGGACGAUGAUCGUGUUGAUAUUUCUUCAGUUACUGAGCUUUUCGAAACUAGCGUGCGAGGCGCCCAUCUACGGUAAAAUACCAACGAAACACAUCUCCCAAAUUAGAGGCGUGUCUGCUACCGAUUGGGUCACGAUGAAUUAUGUCCCGUUCGGCGAGAAAGCGCUAUCGAUGGUCGUGAGCUUGUAUCAGAAGACCGCGCACGAGAUGGCUGUGAUUGACGGCCAGGUUCUGAAGCACAUCGUGGAAGCGUUGCACGUGCCGUUGUCUAUGAAAUACGCGUGUCCAUCUGCGACCACGUGGAAAUUGGCUGUGACCAGUCUGCUGGCUGUCCUGCACACUGGACUACCGCUCGCCAGGAAGUAUCCCGAGCAAUUUCAGAGCAUGUGGCUUGAACUCGCGAGCACGUUAGACGAUUUCUUGUUCCCCAAAAGCGUGCUGAAUGUGGAACGUGGAGUUGAAGAAAUCCAGGCCGACGAGGCGGUCGACUGUCAGGUUAUGGAGUUAUUGAGGGAUGAAGUAUUACCACACUCUCAACAUAUACCUCAUCAGUUUAUACUGAGAGUCGUUAUGCUCUUAAAUAAAGGUUCCAUACAUUCAGCUACAACGGCAAAUAUCGAAAAUGGCGCAGAAACGAAGCUGCGUGAAGAGUUUGCGAAAACAUGCUUCGAGACUCUCUUGCAGUUUUCUCUAUUAGAUGGAUUAAACAAUGAUGCGGAGAAUAGUCCUAAGAAGAAUCCGGAAAAUGACGAGGGUGGAAUCGCUGGACGAUUGGCGGUUACGGCACUUCUACACAGAUUCCAAGAAGUCCUCCGGCGUUAUAUUGAGAGCGAGAGGCGAAGCGGAAAAUGCCCGUUGCCUAGGUACAGAUUGUCGGAGAUAUCAUUUGUUUUGAAAGCUGUUGCUACUCUCGUAGUGUCCCUCAAGAAAGCGCCACCUAACAAAGUCGAAAGAUCAGUGUGGGAGCAACUGAUUGGACUGUACCCGUGUUUGGUGGAAUGCACAAUAGCAACGACCUCUGGACAAGUGUCCAGAUCGUUACGGGAGGCCCUGCUGCAAUAUCACGAUUUAUUGCGGGCACCGGUUCACAACACGCCCACCUCUAAUGGCGUUUGACCAAUACAUUCUUUUCUUUUAACCGGUAGCACACGAACUUGCGCUAAAUAAGCUGAAGUAUAGGGUGAGUAAUUUGCUUGUGUAAUAUUCUGACGCGCGGCAAAGUAUGCGAAUUCCGAUUUUACAUAGAGAACAUCAUGAGUUUGCCGUAUAGUUACCGCUCAAAGUAGAAUAAAUAUCGCGUUUAGAACCUUUAUUUCGAGCGCGAUUCCGGUAAUUCGGUAGUUCCGGUACAAUCGUGAGAUGAUUUAGAUCAUUGCGAUUUAUUCCAAUCACAUUUGUCGAUACACUGUUUUUACGACGUUGCAGUACAAUAAUCAAAAUACGAACAGAGUUUAUAGAUUUAUGCUCAUAAUGGGGAAUUUUAUAUGAAUUCGCAUAAUUCUCCUCUCCCUUUUUCUCUUGAUUCAUGAUCAUGUUGAAAAGUAAUGGAAGCAUCUUUGCGAAAUUUGCCGACCUCAAUAGCAGUGCGGAGAACUUUCUUAGAGUUGUUACGCCGAUUAAACGGAAGGCAGGUACGAGGAUAAAUAGCAGGUGUUUUCCGUUCGUGGUUGGGGGAAACCGGGAUUAGUUGGCAAAAUUAUUUCUACUCUUCUUUAACAGAUUUCAGAAUCGAGCAAACAAUUAUCUUUGACAUAUUUAAAAAGCUUGCUUGCUUAAUUCUAUAAUUUAUUAGAAAAUAGUAGAAUCGGUUUUGCUAAUUUACUCCGGUAAUCAAUUAUCAUUAGCCCCUUCUACAUGAUGUUGUGAAAGAGGAUUUAUUAUCUUGCGUAUUUCCAGAGAGUAUAGAGGAAUCACUGUGUUCUAAUAGUGCAACUGAUAGUUUGUUACUAUCCUUUUGAGUAUAUAUAAGGAAAUGCUGUACAUAUAUAUCUGCAGGGAAUGUACAAGCCAGCUUUUUUAAUUGGUGUUGUAAAUAUUAGAUACGAUAUAUAUAAAUAUAUAAAUAUAUAUAUAUAUAUAUAUAUAUAUAUAUAUAUCUAUAUAUAUAUGUAUAUAUAUAUAUAUACAUAUA